AUGUCUCUAACUGCAGGCAACAAACGUCGAGGAGGUGGCCGCAAGAGUGGUGCACGCCGUACAGAAAACAAUCGACUAUACGCCCAUCCACUUCCCCUGGAAUUCUCCCUUCCACAGACUUCAUGGUCAAAUCAUGUGCUAGGACUAUUUGGCUUUCCUGGCACUCGCGUACUGAACCCUCAUUGUACUGGCAUCUUCGCCGCGGAUACCCAUUCUGUGUGGAUCACUGAACAAAGGGAUGUGAUGAUCCUUUGGCGGCAAGGCUUCUUUGGGAAGGGGGAUCUCUCUAGAAGCGAACCUUCAUGGCAAGCACGGCAAAUCAGCGCCAGAAAAGCAGCGGGCAAAUACAUGACUGCCGAGGAGGUCAGGGAGAAACGCAGGGCCGAACGCAAACGGUUCAAACUUGACCGUGCUGCUGCUAUGGCCCAGGCAGCCGCUGAAGCCGAGGCAGCUUUUGCUGAAGGCCGUCAAGUGGAGAUCACCACAAUAAUUCCCUCUGGUGCAACAUGGAAACCUCAGCACGCCAUCUCGGAAGAUCUUCCGGAUGGUGCUGCGGCACCCUCUUCAGAGAAUGAGGAAUGGCAUGAGGAGGUGCCCGACUUGGAACAUCUUCAGCUCACUUUGCAGGAGGCAUUUUUCUUACUAUGGAACCUGAAUUGUUUGACCAUCAUCAAUUCUGCAACUUCCGAGCCCAUGACGCUGCAAGAGAUAUGGGCCGCCUUUCAGGGUACACCCGACAGUACUCCCAUCUCUGUUCCCUUACAUGUCCAACUAUACAAGAGAUUUGACAAUCCAUUCUUGGUGAAUUAUGCUGUAUAUCAUCACUACCGCUCCCUGGGCUGGAUCAUCAAAGGCGGUAUCAAAUUUUGUGUUGAUCUUCUGCUGUACAAACGAGGACCGGUAUUUCAUCACGCUGAAUUCGCAGUGAUUGUGCUCCCCGUCUACGAAGAUCCUGCCGACCAGGAGAAUUCCCCUUUUGACCUUGCAAAUGCAGAACCAUUUUCUUGGAGUUGGUUGAGCACAACUCUCAUCCUGGCAUAUGUCACAAUACCUGCCCAAUCACGUAUCUCGCCUAAUGCUUUGACCUCGCCCGCGUGUCUGGCACAUUACUCAGUUCGCGAUAUCGUAUUGCGUAGAUUUAUACCAGCUCGUAUGCGUGAUUGA